AUGCCGGAAAGAAGAGUAUUCGUAAUCCGACACGGUGAGCGGUGUGAUUUUGCAUUCGGAAAGUCUGGGCUUUGGAUCAACUCGUUUGAUAGUAAAGGAAGAUACCGUCCAUUGGACAUUAAUCUUCCACGUACGCUUCCGAAACGUCCAGAUGGAUGGCAAGGGUUUGCAGCAGACACACCAUUGACGGAAAUUGGUUAUCUUCAGUCUAAAUUGACAGGACGUGCUCUACGUGACAACGGCAUUGAAAUCAACCAUGUUCUUUGUUCUCCAGCUCUCCGGUGUAUCCAAACAACAGUUGGCCUUUUGAAAGGAAUGGGACUCGAUAAACGUCUUCAGUUUUCUGUUGAGCCAGGAUUAUAUGAAUGGAUGGUGUGGGCCAGAUAUGCAAGACCAUGUUGGAUUCCACCAAAGGAUUUGAAUAAAUUAGGAUACCCAGUCAGAGAAGACUAUGUACCGUGCUGGACAGAUAAGGAACUGAAAAUGAGUGAGAGUAUGGUAGAUUACUAUCAAAGAUCUUUUGGUUCUAUGAACAAGAUACUCGCCGAAUUUCCAGAAGGUAACAUUCUAAUUGUGGCUCAUGGCGCUUCACUCGAAACGUGCACACGUCAGUUGGUCGGCGGUGAUAUCAGGUCAACAGACGACUUCUACUAUCUACUUCAAAACACGCCAUACUUGUCGUGCGUUGAGUUGAGUUCUCGCGAAGGCUUAUGGAGACUAGUGGGCAGCCCGAUUCCGUCGUUUUCGCACACUUACAAUCGUACUUUUGAUCCAUUGCAACUGGUUACAAAGGAUUUGGCCGGGUUGAAACGCGAGAGGGAGAGCAAGGAUAAUAUGCGGACAACUCAAUAA